AUGGACCUUAGGCUUUGGCUUUGCCCUCAUUGGGAAGCAUGCUUGGCGCUCGCGUUCUGCGCGUCCCAUCGCUCCUCCGUAGUCAACACAACUCCUAGGCAUCACCACUGGUCUCGACCUGCCGACAUUAUCCUCGGAAAUCAGCAAUCCAGUCAAAAUUUUCACAUCGGCUUUCAAAAUUCCUUUAACCGUUAUCCGUUCCAAUGGAUCGUUCCAGAACCCGUUCCCUCUCUCGGGGCCGCUCCCCCAGCCGUUCAAACUCUCCGCCUCGUGGAGGUAGAUCUUAUUCUAGAAAUUCCCGCUCCACCACUCGUUCUCAUUCCGGAACAAGAUCUCCUGUAUCCAAUAGAUCUAGGUCUCCGACACAAUCUCCCCUUUCCAGGGCAAGGUCGAGAAGCAGGAGUGGCAGUAGGGGAAGAAGCUAUUCACGAAGCGCCAGUCCUGAGAUACAGAGUACAAAGGUUCGCGGCGCCUAUUCUAGCAUAUUCCCUGCCAUUGGUUUGGGGGAUUUAGAUCUUGGUGCUAAUGGCAGAGUCUUAGAUUGUGAUUGAGAAGCUCACAAAGAAUGUCACCGAAGCUCACAUCGCCGAAAUCUUCUCAAGCUAUGGGGAAAUUAAGAUGUUGGACAUGCCCUUGAAUCACCAAUGUGAGCCUUUCCACUCGCUUACUUUGCCUUGAUGCUUGGGCUCCCCACUUACCCGAUCUUCCGAUCAUUACAGACAAUACAAACCGUGGCGUAUGCUAUGUUAUUUAUCAUUCCUCUUCCUCUGCUCACGCUGCCAUCGCACAUAUGCAUGAAGGUCAACUCGAUGGCGCAGUAGUCAACGUUUCGAUAGUUAUACCACGUCGCUCAGACCCCUCCGGCCCCGGCUCUGGCCCUCCGACUCGCAGACCUCCCCCGGGCCCUCGUUACCGUGGCCAAACUGGAAACCGUUACCGAUCCCCGCCUCGUCGUGCGCAUGUGGGUACUGGUGCUGGUGCCGGAAGGGGAUUUUCUCGGGGUGAUAGUUACCGCGGAGCAGCCGCUGGGGAUAGUUACCGACCUACUUCGAGGGCCAGAACUAGAUCCCCUUCUUUCUCAUCGCGCUCAAGAUCCCCUUCCAGAUCUAGGUCUAGAUCCUCAUAUCGUCGCCGGGAACCUCCCGGUAGGAACCCUCGAUACAGCCCUCCCCCUCGGACCGGUGGGGGCCGUUAUGGAACUGGGCAGGGACGCGUGA